CCUCAUUGUCAUUGUAUCCUUUCAAACUCAAAGUGCUAGAGUACAGAACCAAAAUAACAAAAAAAUGUGUCACUGUCCAAUGAAUUAUGGUGCUCACUGUAUGUGCUAAAAUUUGGCAAAGAUCUACAUGGAUGAAAUAAUUGUUUAUUCUGCAUAACUUAUUAAAUACCAUGACUGAUGCAGCUAAUAAAAAGUAUAUAUAAAACUCCACCCAUCGAACAUUCAGCUGAGCCAGUAAACAGGUGAGUAAGGAAAGGUCCAAAGGUCCAAAACAGAAACUGAAGCUUACGGCCAUUUUAAAAACGGAGGAGGAAGAAACCCUAGGAAAGAAGGAAUAAAAUUAAAUGUAAAAAACGGAGUAAACAGUCUGUUGUGGAGUGGAACUGAGGCUUUGACUGGGGGUGCCCGUCUAUCUUUGACUAGGCUAACCGACGAUGGUCUAGUUUUCUCACUAGGACAAAAAAAAAAGGUCUGCCAAUUUGGGUCAGAACCCACUUGUGAAUCUGAUCUGGUGUGUUCAGGUGUCCUGAGACAGGGGGCGCUGUUUCAAAAAUGAGUUCCUCAGAGGAGACUGAGACUGACGAUGGAACCCACGGCCUUGCGAGAAAGAGGGUCCAGGUAGAUAGGGCUGGGUCACGUGUACCCAGCUGUCUGUCUAUGAAGAGUGACCGUUCAAUGGAUCGUCCAGUCUACUUCAGUGGAGAGUUCAAAGGUGAUCAAAGGGUCCAGGUAGAUAGGGCUGGGUCACGUGUACCCAGCUGUCUGUCUAUGAAGAGUGACCGUUCAAUGGAUCGUCCAGUCUACUUCAGUGGAGAGUUCAAAGGUGAUCAAAGGGUCCAGGUAGAUAGGGCUGGGUCACGUGUACCCAGCUGUCUGUCUAUGAAGAGUGACCGUUCAAUGGAUCGUCCAGUCUACUUCAGUGGAGAGUUCAAAGGUGAUCAAAGGGUCCAGGUAGAUAGGGCUGGGUCACGUGUACCCAGCUGUCUGUCUAUGAAGAGUGACCGUUCAAUGGAUCGUCCAGUCUACUUCAGUGGAGAGUUCAAAGGUGAUCAAAGGGUCCAGGUAGAUAGGGCUGGGUCACGUGUACCCAGCUGUCUGUCUAUGAAGAGUGACCGUUCAAUGGAUCGUCCAGUCUACUUCAGUGGAGAGUUCAAAGGUGAUCAAAGGAUUCACUGCUCACUGGAUUUAAGUCGUUCAGAUGAGAUGAAUUCAGAGAAACUGUUCUUCACAAAGCAGCUGGAUAUGAACUGAAGCAAUGCAGGUUAAGUACCUUGCUCAAGGGUACAACAGCAGUGUCCUACCUGGGAUUCAAACCUCUGACGAGACCAGCUCCUUACCCAUUAUACUACACUGCCACCCAUAAUAAAGCAAGGCUUUGUUUCCAUGGCUCUGAUACAGCAACCCACUUCACGUGUUUAUUUCACACUGUGGAGGAAAACCCCUUCUUAGGUUCGGUGGGUGAGUCGGUGAUGCAAGAAUAAAGACUAGAAAUUAUGAUUUCUUCUAAUAACCUUUUUAUUCUCUUCAAUCAAUAAUCCUUUUCAUGUACGUAGGCCUACGGGAGGUCUCCAGUACCACAAAGACACAUAGAGAGCUUCUUUGCAUUAUGUUUUACAUGGUAAAUGGUAAAUGGACUGCAUUUAUAUAGCGCUUUUAUCCAAAGCGCUUUACAAUUGAUGCCUCUCAUUCGCCAGAGCAGUUAGGGGUUAGGUGUCUUGCUCAAGGACACUUCAACACGCCCAGGGCGGAUUUGAACCGGCAACCCUCCGACUGCCAGACAAUCGGUCUUACCUCCUGAGCUAUGUCGCCCCAUCCUUACAUCCUUUUCAUACAACCAGAUCUCCUCCUACCCUAAUGCAUCUUCCCUUUAAAAUAACCAAUCCCAGCCUAGGUCAAACUUAUGUUUCAUCAGUUAGUUUAACAAUAACUAUUAUAUAAUCUUCCAUUGUAAUCAAUAACAGAUAUUUCACUACACACACUUACAGAGGAAUGUAUAUGCAUGACUUGAAUAACAAUAACAACAAUGUCCUCAUGAUUAACAAUUGUUCAAUCUUCCAGUUCCAAAGUACAUGCAUUUUACAUGCAUUCACUACAUGCUGUAAUCCAAAUGAAAUAUUUACUCAUAUACACACCACCAUGUUCUAACAAACUAUGUUUAUAUCAUUACCGUUGCCGUGAUUACUUUGAUUUUCAUUCAUUCAUUUUAAUAGAAUAUAAUCUAAACAUUUACUAGAUAUAGCAAAUCAGUUCUUUCUAGGUCAGUAUCUUUUCUCUUCUCUUGCAACUCAAAGGUCUUCUGCACAAGACUGUUUCCCAACAGAAGUUACUUACAAAAUUCCACUAAGUAAAUGUUUACAAUUUUCCCUCCUGCAACUGGGGUUCAAAGAUUCUCUAGGUAGUAUGCAUCAGUGUACAAGGAGACCACUGUCUUUCCUUAGUUACAAAUUCUUAGACAUAGCACAGAAUACCCACUGUUCUUCAGUGAUCAUCCCAUAAUCACAUACAUUUAAAUAUAUUCUUGAUCAGUACAAUCUUUAAUAAGAAGAAAUGUAAAAACAUUAAAAGAAUGAAGAAAACAUACUUCCACAACACCGAGACAGCACACCUCUUCAUGUGUUUAUUUCACACUGAUACAGCAUACCUCUUCAUGUGUUUAUUUCACACUGAUACAGCACACCUCUUCAUGUGUUUAUUUCACACUGAUACAGCAUACCUCUUCAUGUGUUUAUUUCACACUGAUACAGCACACCUCUUCAUGUGUUUAUUUCACACUGAUA